AUGGGUGUUGGUGUGGCUACCCCCACCGCCGCUGCUGUGGCCGCCAUGGGUAACUCUGAGGCGCUGAAGGGCGGCAGUACAAUGACCACUGCUACCUCCAAAAACCUGCCCUCUUCCGCUAUCAACGGCCUCACGCCUUCCUCCUGUUCGCCUACCACUGGCAACUGUUCCGCAGCCAUCUCCACUGCGUCCACCAUGUCAACUGCGGCCUCUGCUUCCACCUACUCCACUCGUGUUCUUGACUUGAAGACAGGCACAGUCAAAAAGGAUGGUCAAAGUUCGGUGCCCCCGACCGACAUGCUGUCGAUUUUGCCCCGGAUGCUCGAAUCAGAUCUCUGCUUGCGCGCUGACAAUCAGCGUCCUCGAGAAUUACAUCUAAGUGUCUUUGUGCGGAGGUGUCGCACGUCUGAUCGCGUCUCCAGUGGACUUCCAACCUGCCAGCUGCGCCCCUCCCCCCUUACACACCAACUGAGAUGGCUCGGCCAUGUGCUACGCAAGCCUGAAAGCGAAGUCGGCCGGAAUGACACCGAAUCCGAGACCGGCCGUUGCAAGCGACGGCGCCGAGACGGCUAA